AGGGCCUCAACGAGUUUGACCGUGAGAAAGUCAAGUAUGAGGCACGCAACCGUGCUGAGCGUCAGUACGACAACUACUGAGCGGUCACUCUUUGCUUCCGUCACAUAAACGACAAUAAAAGCCUAGCGAGCUACAAAAGGGCGACAGACAACGAAAGCACAAGUAACACACUCUCAUGAAAGCUCUCCACAUUCGAUGCAUAUUCAUGCACUUUCAUGCUGUUCACGCAGACAUUAGACAUAACUUUUGACGCGUUGAUGCUCGUUGAUAUGCCGAAGCGCGCGCGGCAACUCCGAUCGUCCUUGACCUGCCGUGCGCUAGACUGCUCCUGCCGCCUCAACAGCACGCGAUGGCGGCAAUGGAGCUACUCCAUGCGGCCUUGUCAGCUUCGACUCCGACAUCGCUAGUGGACUCGCCCGAGCUCACAUCUUCAAGCUCCGGGUCAGAGGAGGAUCGCGCAUCGGAAUGUGAAGAGCCCAACGAUCAUCGUCGGCAAGCUCGGCAGUCUUCUUCGAGCAACACAGCACCCAUCUGGUGGGCCAACUGUAUCCUCUUCUGGGGCCUGCAUCUCUUUGCGCUCGUCGGCAUCCUUGUACUCUCGCCAGUAUGGGAGCUCAAGCUCAAGACGGCCAUGUUGUGCUUCUUCUCGUGGCAGCUUGCGAUCUACGGCAUCACCAUGGGCUAUCACCGUCUGUGGUCUCACAAGGCAUACGAAGCUCGUCUGCCUUUGCGAAUCGUGCUAGCCGGCAUGGGAUGUCUCGGCUUCCAAGGCAGCAUCCGCUGGUGGGUUUUGCGUCAUCGUCUACAUCACCGCUGGACGGACAGCGAUGACGACCCAUACGACGCGCAAAAGGGCCUCUUCUUCAGUCACAUGGGAUGGAUCUUUCGCAAGCCGAGCUAUCCUAAGAUGCCGCUCAUUGAGCGCCGCGACCUCGACUCAGAUCCUGUCGUACGAUUCCAGCACAAAUACUACUUGCCACUGACCCUGUUCUUCGGUCUCGCCCUUCCGACACUACUCGGCGCGUCUUGGGGCGAUGCGAUGGGUGGCUACAUAUACGGCGGCGUCCUAGCACGCAUCAUGAUCUGGCAUACCACCUUUCUCAUCAACAGUUUUGCGCAUUACAUUGGUGAGCAGAAUUAUUCUGAGGAGGUCACUGCGAGAACGACGCUGAUUCUUGCUAUACUAACUGCUGGCGAGGGCAAUCAUGAUUAUCACCAUGCCUUUCCUAAAGAUUUUCGGAACGGACCCGGCAUUGCUGACUACGAUCCUACCAAGUGGGUGAUCUGGAUGUUACAUCGCUUUACCUCUCUGGUGCCUGUCAUCUACGCCACGCCAGAGCAUGAGAUCCUCGAAGCGCGCGCUCACGUCUUGCAUUCCAAAGCAUCGCGAUUGCAAGAUCUCAGCAGUGAUUCAGAAGCGCCAAAUUCGCGCAUACCGAGUGACGACAGCCUGCCAAUCUGGCGAGUCGACGAAGUCACCGAGCACGUCAGGCUUCUCACCGCCGACAAGAUGGCCAGAGGUUCGCUGAAGAGACCGCUCGUCAUUAUCGUCGAUAGCUAUGCGCUCGACGUUGCGUCAUAUGCCUCGCUGCAUCCCGGAGGCUUCGCAGUCCUGCGAUCACAUGCCAUCAAAGGUCGCGAUCUGGAAUUGCCUGGCGACAGGGGUCGCUAUAUGGAUGCAAGCAAAGCCUUCCAUGGCGGUCUGAACGAUCAUCAAUGGAGCGCACGCGAAAAGGCAAAGACGUUUCGAAUCGCGAGAGUAGUCGGAGAAGCACGGGCAUAGUCACUCAUAUUGCACAUUACCCAAGGAGACGUCCCUUGUAGCACGCACGUUGCUCUCAUGACCGGCAGCAUAUUAGAUUGUGUCAAACUGCAUUGUAUUUCUACAGUCUGCUUCCGCU